AAUGUGAGAUGUAAAUCAAAAAGAUGCUCCUAGUAUUCAGCCAGAUUUUGAAGCAAAAGAUGAUUCCCAACUCGUUGUCAAGGGAGAAUUCCAAAGAAGCGAUAAUAAGGAAAAGUCCACAGAUAGUGAAGAUAGUAAGCAAAAGCCAAGAAAGCUCAAGGGAGGAAAAUUUGAAGUCAAUGGCAAAUUCUAUAAUACUGGCCGCUGGACUCAGCAAGAACAUUCACUCUUUAUGAAGGGAAUAGAACUUUAUGGAAAGGAUUGGAAAAAGGUCCAACAGUUGGUGGGGACUAGGACAAGCGCUCAGUCUAGGUCUCAUGCCCAGAAAGUUCUCCCCAAGAUUAUGGACCAAACCCAAAAUAAUACAAACUUUGCCGCUCCAUUAUCACCAAAUAAAAAGAACGAAAAUGCCCUUGCUUGUACUGAAGCUAUGGUAGAAAAAGCUAGUAGCAGCGAAAUUCCUGAGAAAGAAUCGAUUAUAAAAAGUUCAGAGAGCACGGAGAAAAGAAAGUUUUCAGAAAUAGCUUCCUCUGAGAUUAAGCCAGAAAACAAGGCCCAAAAAUAGCCAAAUUGAGCUAAUUGAAAGACCCGUGAAAAGAAGAUGCACCAUCGAUAUUUCCUCCGCUCAAGACCCCCGUGACCUGCUGAUCGAAGAUGAUGAAGUGAGUCUAAAACUCUUGAGAAAGCUGACGACUCCUCAAAAACCAAUCAAAAAGCACUCAUUCUGUUACCCCCUUAACGACUUGGUAGGCUUCAAGCUAGACUUCAACUCAGACAUUGACUCUGUUUGAGAGGAAGACCUUGGGCAAGGCGAUGAGCUCUUCGGCAGGGAUAAUGACAAUAAGUUCUUUUAACCUUGUCAAUAAAAAUUAGCGACAAUUCAAUGUUAUAGAGUA